GGGGUGAUGUCCCUGAUGGCGAGGGGUCAGCGGCCAAGGAAUGUGGGUGCCUCUAGAAGCAGAAGGGGCCAGGAAGUGGACUUUCUCCUGGAGCCAGCCCUGCCCACACCUGGACUUGAGCCGCUCGAGGCCCAUUUCAGACUCUGACCUCCAGAGCUGUGAGAGGGCAUACUCUUCCGCUCCGUCUGUGGUCACUUAUUACAGCAGCGGCAGGAGAUCAACAUGGUGGGGGGGCCCUGUGUGUGACGUUGCACCCCUGUCCCCACCUGCAGGAGACCCUCCCGGCCCCCGACUGACAGAGCAGGGGCACGAGGGGAGCCCUUUGCUGCCGCAGGUGGUAUCCGGGGCCGGCGGCCAGAAGGCCAGGCCACUGCGGAAGAGGCCACGAGCUGGGCUCUGAGCUUGGAGGGCAGCCCGAGGAGAGCCAGCUGCCACGGGCCCUGACGGCCCCUGGGGACAGGGGUCCCGCUGGGCGGCUGCCCAAGACAAGGCAGCCUUCUGAGUGAGCAGCUCAGCGCUUUCUGCCUGGCGGGAAGCUGGCCUCCUGUUUCUUCUCUAUCCGAGAGGAGGAGCAAAAAUUGAUUGUGGGGAUUUGUAUCGUCUUUGUCCUGUGCGAGUAGCCAGCUGUGCUCUGCACUGCAGUUGACCUAAAUAUGUUGCCGGAGGGAGCAGACCCGUAGUAUCAACCGUUGUGGGGUCUAAUCAUCGUUGCAGGCGUAAGGAGAGUUGCGUGGCCUCGGGGGAGCCAUUCGCUCAGAGAAAGGCUUGUAGGAGAGCAAUGAUCAGAAUGCUGAUGGGUUUUAUUUAUUUAGCUGUCUUUGUGCCCCCAGGAGAGGGGGCACCUGGAAGAGGCGGGAAGGCUUCUUACGUUUGCUGUGAAUUGGGACGAGUGGAUUUGCCAGGCUGUACCCAAGCAUCCUUGUCUGCGGGGCCGCGUCCCCUCACUGGCUUGUGGGGGCGGGGGGCGGCUUUGAGGAGUGAGGAGGGAGGAGCCCGCUGGUCUCGGCCCCACAGAGCGCCCGCCCCCGGGAAGGCCCAGGAGAGCAAGCGGCAGCUUGAGGGGGGAUGGUGCCCGUGAGAAGGGCAGGGCUGAGGGGGCUUUGUCAGGAGCCCAGGUUAAGAGGACAUGGCCCGAGACCCCCUUGCCUCCAGGACUGGAGUCCCAGACACGCUUGCAAGCCGGCGAGGAGCAUGCCGGGAGCUUAGGACGGGAGCUGCGUGUCCACGCGUGUGCACAGCGGCCUGGCUGGCCGUCUCCACAUGGGGGGAACCAGCUGCACUUGACCCCUCGCAGAGGAGGAGCUCCGGAAGCUGCGAGAGGAAACCAACGCGGAGAUGCUGCGGCAGGAGCUGGACCGGGAGCGGCAGCGGCGGAUGGAGCUGGAGCAGAAGGUCCAGGAAGUGCUGAAGGCCAGAGCCGAGGAGCCGCCCGCUCAGCAGCCUCCGAAAGGGCAGGCCCAGGUCAAUAACGGAGCAGACCGACGGAGCCAGGGGCUGUGCCCCCGUGUCCAGAAGUGGUUCUAUGAGAAAUUCGGGGAGUACGUGGAGGACUUCCGGUUCCAGCCCGAGGAGAGCACGGUGGAGACGGAGGAGCCCCUCAGCGCCCGGAGGUUGACCGAGAACAUGAGGAGGCUCAAGCGCGGUGCCAAGCCUGUCACCAGCUUUGUGAAGAACCUCUCUGCCUUAUCCGACUGGUACUCUGUCUACACGUCUGCCAUCGCCUUCACCGUGUACAUGAAUGCCGUGUGGCAUGGCUGGGCCAUCCCCAUGUUCUUAUUUCUAGCAAUUUUGAGGUUAUCCCUCAAUUACCUCAUAGCCAGGGGCUGGAGGAUACAGUGGAGCAUCGUGCCUGAAGUGUCCGAAGUGGUGGAGCCUCCAAAGGAAGACCUGACCGUGUCUGAGAAGUUCCAGCUCGUGCUGGACGUUGCCCAGAAAGCCCAGAACCUCUUUGGCAAGAUGGCUGACAUCUUGGAAAAGAUCAAGAACCUGUUCAUGUGGGUGCAGCCUGAGAUCACCCAGAAGCUGUACAUCGCGCUGUGGGCCGCCUUCCUCGCCUCCUGCUUCUUCCCCUACCGCCUGGUGGGGCUGGCCGUGGGACUCUAUGCCGGAAUCAAGCUUUUUGUCAUCGAUUUUAUCUUCAAACGCUGCCCGAGGCUGAGAGCCAAGUAUGACACUCCCUACAUCAUCUGGAAGAGCCUCCCUACGGACCCCCAGCUCAAGGAGCGCUCCAGCACCGCCGUGUCACGCAGGCCGCAGACGGCCUCCUCGCGGAGCUACGUGUCCAGCGCGCCCGCCGGCCUGAGCAAGGACGAGGACGCCAGCCGCGUCCACGGCGCCAAGAAGAGCAAUUUCCAUGAAAUCUUUAACUUGACAGAAAACGAGCGUCCGCUGGCGGUGUGUGAGAGCGGCUGGCGCUGCUGCUUGAUAAACAGAGACCGCAAGAUGCCGACCGACUACAUCAGGAACGGGGUCCUGUACGUGACGGAGAAUUACCUGUGCUUCGAAAGCUCCAAGUCCGGCUUCUCCAAGAGGAACAAAGUCAUCAAGCUGGUGGACAUCACGGACAUCCAGAAGUACAAGGUCCUCUCCGUCCUCCCGGGGUCGGGCAUGGGGAUUGCCGUGUCCACGCCAUCAACACAGAAACCGCUGGUGUUCGGCGCCAUGGUGCACAGAGACGAGGCGUUCGAGACCAUCUUCAGCCAGUACAUGAAGAUCACGGCGGCGGCAGCAUCAGGCGGUGACAGCUAGCGUUGGCUCGCCGUGACGUCGCUGGGAGCUUUUCUUUUUUUAACAAUUCGGUAGUGGAGAAAAAUUGGACAUCUUUUGCAAUAACCCCCCCCACACCCCCGAUCUGUGGUUUCUAUUGUGUUGACCCUGCGUUUUACAGACCCCUUCGCUUAGGGGUCGGGACUCUCGAGGGCGCGUCUUCUGGACGCGAGGCCACCGGGAAGGAUGACACGCAGGACACACCGCCAAGCACAGCUGUGCCUUCUCUGUCCCCACCGGGUGGAGACCGGCGCGGCCGCACCCCGGCUCUCGGAGGCCAGCAGCUCUGCCACACCAAAGCCAUAUGAGGAGCACACGGGGCCCUCCCCGGGGUGAAGGACGCCGGCGACAGGCGACGUGGGGGCCCCUGGCCAGCGCCAUGAACGGGCCCGUCCUUUAGGGAGACCCCCGUGCACGUCCUGGGAGCGCGGUGCUGACCAGCUGGCCGGGGGCCCGAGAUCAGCUCCUCAGGAGGAGGCAGAGUGCCGUGCGGUGCAAAGGCCCAGGAGGACGGCCGCUUCGGGGGUGCUCCGAGCCCCGGGGCCGCCCCCGCCUCCAGGCUGCUGUGCUGGGGUGGGAGUGGACAGAGCGCCUCAGGCCCGAGGGGGCCCAGGCUGGCAGAGGGCCUGCCCAUGGGGGCUGUGCGGGGACGCUGGGGAGGUCAGCCGGCUUUGGGGAGUGACUGCGAGCAGAGCCCAGAGGUCGGGGUCCGCAGCCCUAGCGCCUGCACACACUCGGCGGGGAGCGGGGAGAGCCCUCACUCUCGGGGAGGUCAGAGCGCGCGUCUCGCAGGCGCGGUGUCCCAUUGGGACUGACUGGCCAAAGGCCUCGGGGACGGACACGCCCAGGAGAUGGCGGGGCCACCCGUGCUCGGCACACUCCCGACAUGGGCACCUCCGGCCCCUCAGCUUGUCCUGAGUCCUCUGGGUGUCACGGAGAUCGUUGUUUUUUGAAGAAACAGAAGAUUAUAUUUUUUACAGAGAGCAAGCUGUUUUUCUUAUUUUUGUAUCGUUUUUCAGACGUAAUUUUUACCUUUGCUCCCCAUUUGCUGGUUGGGCGGGCGAUUCAGUGGCGUCACUCCUGUCACCCCUUGGUGGGGGGACCCCGCGGAGUGCGCUCGGGAGCCACACCCACCAGCCAGACAAGCACACGCCCCGGCCCAGUCGUGAGGUCCCGGGGCCCUGCGGUGGCCGCCCAGCUCCUGGUCUCCCUGGCGUUGGUGUCUUGUGACCUUUCAGAGACGAAGGCAGAGCCCGCCCGAGACCUGGGCUUUGCCCCACAGUCGGUGCAGGCGGACCGGGUUCUGGGGGGGGGGCUGUGGGUUCACACCCAGUGGGGGACCCCCUCUGUGCCCGGGGCAAGGCAGGGUGGGCCCUGAACUGGCCCAGGGUGACUGCGGGGCGACACCUGUGGGUGCUGCUCAAGCCCCGCUCCCCGGGGCUGCUGUGGGCUCGACACGUGUCCCUGUCAGCACCGUGGGACUCUGUCCCCAUGCGCUAUGGCUGUGUCCCUGCGUGGAAUGGACUUGCCUCCUUCAGAGUGGCGUGGUUUGGUUUGAGUCCCUUCUGAGGAGCAAGGGAGAUGAAAACUGACCACGUGCGGGGUGGCCGUCCUCAGCUGCACAGUGGCCCACGGCAGGUCCCUCUUUGGAAGCCCAGGGCCCCUGCCGGGAAGAGCACGGGCCUGUGCGGGCUCCCUGUCGGGGAGAGCCUGGAGUUUUAUUGAGUUGUUUAAUUUCUGCGACUAAUCACUGAACUAGAAUGAAUGUUCCAUUUUUUAUGUCUGGAGCCCAGUCUAUUUUGGAUCUGUAAAUACUCAUUACCAGUGUAACUUGUUCAACAAAAGGAUUGUACUGUAUGAGGAACUGAUGAAAAAUGCCCCGUAACAUUUUUUUAAAGAAAAAGUCUUGUAUAAAUUAUAAAUUUUUAUUUAAAUAAACCUGUAAUGCUUUGUGCUAAGGUC